AUACAAUCCAUGAACUGCUCGAUGACAAAAUUACAAUCCAGUAUAUACCUAGGAAUGACAUUUUUCAAGUGUGGAAGGAGGCAACAGCAACAACUUAUUCAGAGGUAGUGCCUGCCUACCUUGGUACUAUCCAUAACAACCUAUGCCAUGAGACAGAAGGUGCAGUGCGUUUUAUCUGUACUAGACCUCUAGAAAUUAUUCAUGCUUAAAUGACUGCUGCCUAUCUUAAACCUCUUAUCCUCUUGAUUGCUGUCUGACUGUUCAACACCUCUCCUCAUAUUCUAAUUCUGCAACUUCAAGAAGUUCUUCUAGCGACCUAAACAACAUAGACACCUUAUUUCUGGUACAAAUCUCAAUGACAAUACCGACAAUGCCAUCUCAGCCUGCAGCUACGACCACGGCCGAUACUUCUUCGACUAAGGAAGAUAACGACUCUAUAACGGUGGAAGGUCCUCAAUGUUGUCGUAAACGGAAGAGAGACGAGCCACAAUUACCAAUUUUACAAGGGCAUUAUAUGGAGGUUGACGAGAACAAUAUUGUCAGAGGUAUCGGCAUCGACCCAAACCGUGAACUGGAAAUCGCUUUUACACCAACCCAUCAGCCAACCCACAAGGCCGUCAAAACUCCUCUACGCAAGACUGGUCAUAAUCCAAUCCAGUGGCGAUCUCAUAGCGAAGUCGCUAUCGAGGUUGAUGAGUUCAAGCAAGCAAUGGUCCUUCACGAUUUGGUGGAUAACAACAACGUUCAUCUCAUGGUUGUUACACGAGAUAAUGCCAUUAUCCAGGGCCACUGCGAUCAAGUAACUGAAAUGUAUGUGAUUGUACGGGAGUCAUGGGGCCUCGGUGAUAAGGAUCAGAUAGUAUGCCAAAUGUGUCAAGUAUCAGGAAAGGAGAGUCUUUUACGCCGACAGAAGGCAAGAAAGGGAGGCUUGGUCAACAUACACCAUGGGUACAUACCGAUGGACUGGAAAAAGGCGGAACAACUAAUGAGCAAGGAAUUUCCUAGGCCUAGUGGCAAGUCCUUGAUAGUCAUGGAGUUUCGACUAGCAGACCGAUCACCACAUGGAAACUUGAAACCUGGGCGCCGAUUAGUCCCAAUCAUCGACUGACUAGGACCCUGAUUUAUGAGGGAAGGUUGGGAACUCUUGUUAUGUUCGCUCUAUAGAACUGAUUAUGAACGAUCAAAUAAUGUAUUGUACGAAGGAUUUGGCUUACUGCUAGGAGAGCAGAUCUUAUGAUUCCAAAUAAACACUCAGAAGAACAGAUACUCUCAGUACGUAUGGCGGAACAACGAAGAUAUUCCAGGUUUUCUCAUUCUACCUUAGCUUUAUCACUCCCCUAACUAUCGGUUAGCUGAUCUGUACACCCCUGUAUUCUAGUAGCACAUCUAUGAAGGGUUCCAUUGUCAAUCAAAGUAUGCGGACAUUCCUCUUCAAGCUUUUAACGGUCAAGCUAAGAAUACCAUCCUAACCUGCAGUAGCGGUUGAUUUCGUCUCGGCUGGGGAUCGACGGCUAUGCUGGGGCGG